UGGUUUGAAUGAUCGAGAAGAAGAGACAUUCUCUAUGCCUGUGUGAUUAGCCGCCGGAGAGUAGAGAAGAGACGGCCGGAGCCUUUGUCACAGCAGUGCGCGCGCAGGAGACAUGUUCCGGAGGAUACUGCAGCUGACUCCUGGGAGAGUUGGAGCUCAGAAUUCCGAAUCUGAACCUUCUGCCACUCCUGGAAACACUGUUAACAAUGAAAGUACUUCUGAGGGUUUCAUUUGUCCACUCUGCAUGAAAUCCCAUGGAACAGCGGAGGAACUCUUUAAACAUUAUGAAGCUUCUCACGAGCCGUGUAGUGAUCUUGGUCAUGGAGGAGAUAUCAGUUCUUCUGCAGAAAGAGAGGAGUUAUUGCUGCUUCGACAGGAGGUACAGGACUUACAAGCAUCAGUUAAGGAAGAGAAAUGGUAUGCAGAAGAACUGAAGAAGGAGUUGGAAAAUGUUCAAGAGCAACUGAAGCAAAACGCAAUACCUGAUGGAGUGACCACAGUAGCAUCUACAGAACUUCAGUCCCUGGAACAGCAGCUGGAAGAGGCUAGGACUGAAAUCUUUAAUAUUAAGCAGAUGAAGGACUUGUUUGAGCAGAAAGCGGCACAGAUGGCUACCGAAUUGGUUGAGUUAAAGGCUUCAUAUGAUGAAGAAAAAGGUCACCUUGCUUCCGCUGAAGAGAAUGUUAAAAGUUUAAACCAGGAACUACAGAUUAGGUCACGUGUAAUUGAAGAUCUGAAGACUGAGCUGUUACAACGGCCUGGAAUUGAAGACGUGGCUGUGCUGAAAAAAGAGCUCAUCCAGGUCCAGACGCUGAUGGACAAAACCACUUUGGAACGUGAAAAAGAAUCGGAGAAGUUGAAAGACGAGUGCAAGCAACUGCAAAUGCAAAAUGCUAAUUCUGAGACCACUAUUAACCAGUUAAAGGCUGAACUUGAAAAAGGACCCCAGGAAGUUGCAGUUUAUAUCCAAGAACUGCAGCAACUGAAAGCGUCCUUGACUGAGCUGUCGCAGAAGAAUGAGACGUUGGUGGAGAAACUUCUAAAGAAGGAGCUGGAGUACACUCAGCUGGAAGAGAAGCAAAAUGAAGAGAUUAUGUCCAGGAAGAACUUGCAAGUAAAUCUCAACCAUAAAGAUGUGGAGUGCCAGCAGCUCCAGUCACGGCUGUCUGCCAGUGAAGCGUUGCUGCAGACCCUGAAAACGGAGGUGGCUGAGAAAGGAGAAGCCAACCAGAAACUGAAAGUGGAGCUGUCUGAAGUGGAGAUCAAGCACCAGAAUCUCAAGGCUGGGUUCAAGCAGCUUCAACAACAGCGGGAAGAAAAGGAGCAGCAUAGUUUACAACAGCAGAGUGAGAUUAACCAGCUCCACAGCAAAUUACUGGAGACGGAGCGCCAACUAGGGGAGGCGCAUGGGAGGCUGAAAGAGCAGAGACAGCUGUCCGCUGAGAAACUGAUGGACAAGGAACAGCAGGUGGCAGAUUUGCAGCUGAAGCUUUCACGUGCUGAGGAGCAGCUUAAAGAAAUAACCUCUGAAUCGGCCGAUCUACAGCAUCAGCUGGAGAAAAUUCGACAGCAACAUCAGGAACAGCAAACUCUUCAGCAAACCACUACAUCCAAACUGAGGGAAGCCCAGAAUGACCUUGAGCAAGUUUUACGCCAAAUUGGGGACAAAGACCAAAAAAUUCAAAACCUUGAGGCCUUGCUGGAAAAAAGCAAAAAAAAUAUUUCUUUACUUGAGAAAGAGAGGGAAGACCUAUGUGCCAAAAUUCAAGCUGGUGAAGGAGAGACUGCUGUCCUCAGCCAGCUACAAGAGAAGAACCACACUCUGCAGGAGCAGUUAACACAACUAACAGAGAAGUUAAAGAACCAGUCCGAAAGUCACAAACGAGCACAAGAGGAUUUGCAUGAACAAGUGCAGGAACAGAAAUCCCAGCUUCGAGCAUCUCAAGACCGUGUCCUGUCUCUGGAGACCAACAUUAGAGAACUAACCGGGCAGCUAAAUGAAAGCAAAGAAAAAGUGGUGCAGCUGGAUCUGCAGAUCAAAGCAAAGACUGAGCUUUUGCUAUCGGCCGAAGCAGCGAAGACUGCACAGAGGGUUGACCUGCAAAACCAUUUGGAUACAGCUCAAAAUGCUCUGCAGGACAAGCAACAGGAAUUAAAUAAAGUCAAUACUCAACUUGAGCAAGUGACGACAAAAUUAGCAGAAAAGCGGGAUCACUGUGCACAGCUGGAGCAGACUCUCAAAGAGUACAAGGAGAAGCAUCUGAACCUGGAGCAAAACGCAGAGGCCCUGGAGGGGCAAAUUAAGAAACUGGAAGCAGAUCUAACAAGUGUAAAAGCAAGUCGGGAACAAUGUGUGCAAGAUCUUCAGCAGCAGAAGCAGCAGAGCUCACAGCUAGAUCUGAAAGUGGCAGAACUAGUCAAGCAGCUUGAGGAUGAGAAGGCAUUAGUGCUUAAUGUGAAGCAGGAGCUACAGAAGAAGUCAGAUGUUCUGUUACAGUCUAAGGAGCUGAUGUCAAAACAAGAGAAAGAGUCAACCAGUCUGAAGGAAACUGCAGGAAAGUUGAAGCAAGACCUGGAAAAAUUGUCAGCAAACAAACAAGAAGCUGACAGUAACCUGGAGAAACUGAAGCUGGAGAGAGCCACAUUGCAGAAAGAACUCGCUGAUGCCAAGGACAAGUUAACAAAAAGCACAGAGUCUCUGGAGAAGUCAAGAGAGGUACUGGAGAAGGAAAGACAAACUGGAAAAGAACUCGUCCAGGUCAUGGAAAAAUCACGUGAAGAUCUGAAAGUUAAGCUGAAGGCGCAGACAGAAUCGGCAGCUAUAGAGGUCAAAGAGCUGAAAGCACAUCUGACCGCAAAGGAGGAGGAAUCCUCCAAGUUGAAGACUGAAAUACAAACCAUUAAUGAAAAGCUGCAGAGUUCUAAAAAAGAGAGGGAAAAACUUCAGCAAGAACAUCUGACACAGCUGAAAAAGGUCCAGGCGUCUUCUGAGGAAAAUAAGAAGCAGCACCAAAAGGAUAUGCAGUCCCUCAGCGCACAGUUGGCCGAUAAGGUACAACACAUGGAAAAGCUACAGCAGCAGAUUACAUUAUUAACUGGGGAACUGGCAUCUGAGAAAGGAAAACAGUCUGAUUUGCAGAAUGCUAAUGAAGGCCUCCAGGAAAAGCUGGGGAUCCUCCAGUCAGAUAUGUAUGGAAAAGAGUCUGAAGUUUCUGCUCUUCGACAAGAUCUUAAAUCUUUAGAGGAGAAGCUAGUGUUAGCCCAAGAGGAAUUGAAGACUAACAGGAAUGAAAUAAGUAGCCAAAUGAAACAGAUCAAGGAGCUAACUACAAUGAAGGCCACUAUUGAGCAGGAAUUAUCGACAAAGACAAACCAACUCGCAGAACAUGGCCAGAGUCUUCAGGAACUGCAAAAACAGAAGGCCCUCGUAGACAAGGAGCUAAGUGAUGAAAAAGUGAAAGUGGAUAAUCUUUCUGCCCUUAAGUGUAAGAUAGAAGAAGAACUCACAAAGAAGAAAGAAGAACUCAAGAAUGUCAGACAAGACUAUCAAAAGAAAACAAGCAGUCUGGAAGAAGCCAAACAGCUACUUAUCCAACAGAAGCUUGAACUGCAGGGGAAGAUGGAGAGCUCCGUGGCCGCCCUUAAGCAGGAAAAGAACCAGCAGCAGGUGCUGAAGGAUGAACUGAAAAAAAAGGAAGAGGAAUGGAAGAAGCAGCAUGCAGAUCUAAGGGAGAAACUGACGGCAGAAGGAAAGGAAAAAGAGGAGCAAAAGAAGAAGCAUGAAGAGAAUGAGUCUAAGCUGACCAUGCAGAUUACAGCUUUGAAUGAAAACCUGGCAACCCUGAAGAAGGAAUGGCAGAGCAGUCAGCGAAGGGUCGGUGAGCUGGAAAAGCAAACUGAUGAUUUGCGAGGAGAGAUUGCAGUGCUGGAAGCAACAGUCCAAAAUAACCAGGAGGAGAGGCGGGUGCUUUUGGAAAGAUAUAUCAAGAGUGAAGGAGAAAUUGAAAAGCUACAAGCCAAAGUAGUUGAGCUACGGAAAAAAGUCGAUGAAACCACAUAUGCUAUGGAGGAGCUUGGCAGAGAAAAUCAGUCACUACAGAUAAAACACAGUCAAGCACUAAAUAGGAAGUGGACUGAAGACCAUGAAGUACAGAACUGCAGGGAGUGUGGGAAAGGGUUUUCAGUAACAAUUAGAAAGCACCACUGUAGACAUUGUGGAAAUAUCUUCUGUGCAGAAUGUUCCUCAAGGAAUGCCUUAACUCCCUCCUCCAAAAAACCAGUCCGUGUUUGUAAUACAUGUUUUAGCGAUUUGCAGGGAUAGGAAAGGAUCUGUAGACAAAUCUCUGCAAAUUGCAUUUAGUAUUUUUGUUAUUGCACUUCAUAAAGCACUCAAAGUUCUUAUUCCUUUGGAUGAAGAUUGUAAAAUUUGAAAACACAAAAUGACCCUUUCACUUGUUUUAUUGCUACAAAAAGUCAAAUUAUUGUAUUUUUCAUGUUAGGAAAGCAUCCUAUCCCUCCUCGCCCUCCCACAUAUCUUUGCUGUCGCCGCCAUUUUCGUCUUGUCAGCUGCCUGUAAAUAAUAGCCAAACAGAAAAGUAACAAUGUAUUUUUUAUACAUCACCUUGACAGAACAAGAAAACACGAGUCUGAAAUGUAGUGUUGCUGCCUGGGAGUAAGACUGUAACUCCACGGAAGGAUCUAUUUUUUUUCCCAGUACUGAUCUGCCUUACUUGGUGUUACCGGACCUGCAUGCUCACUCGCUCACUGCAGACCUACAAAGGCACAUUUGCAUUUCACCCUCCUCUUAUCAUUUGCACAUACAGACAUGUGAACUUGAUAAAUUGGGUAAUGCGGCCCCCCCCCCCCCAGUGGCCAUUACUUGCUGUGUACUUGUGUGUGUUGAAAUCUGCAGAAAUAUGAUUGAACAGGCAGUAUUCUCAACCUGCACUUUGUUCUAAGGUGUGCCUACAUGCUUGGGUCAUUUGGAUGAUUAUUUUCUGCAUAUGUGACAGUGUCUGCCGUAAUAACAUUGAUGAGGACUGGAAAAUAAGACUUUGAACUUAGUUACUACUGUUGUGUACCAGACAGUUUUAUAUCCUUCUUUCAUACAGUGUCCAGACUUACAGGUUUGGUUUUGGGAUGUUUUUUUUAGCAAAUUAGGUGCAUUGUGCAAAAUAACAUCUGAUAUUGCGAUGAUAUGUAAAUAUUGCCUGUGGUUUAUGAAUGUCAUAUCCAACACAGUGACAGUAAAAUGGUUUGACAGAUGGUUAGUUGUGGACGUUACCACUGUAAAGCCCUGUUCACAUAUUCAGGAUUUGAGUGUGGAUUCACUUUUCCAAUAUUCCACCUUCAAUGCAUAUGAAUGGUGUUUUUUGUUCUCCCAAACACAGACAAUCCAAGGCUGAAAUCUGAGUGCGAGCGUUGGAUUUCUUCUGUGGGUCCUAUUGCCAUAGGCAAAUCCACGAUAUUUGAACAUACCCUAUGCCUCUGUGUAACAUGACGAGUUACAGGACUCACCGUUGAGUUGACAGAUUAAGUGGCAGCUUCCAUGACUUCUACUGAGUCUGUCAUGUUUCUAUUAUUUUUUUUACUAGACAGAAUAGCAAACCUUUGUAGGAAUGCUUGUCCUCGAUAACAGACCUGUGUAAAUGUGCCUUCAGUCAGAGCAGCUGAUCCUAUCAUGUAUACGAGAUGAAAAUGCUCACUGUUCAUCAGUGCAUCUCCCUGUGUAAAGCAAUGGAUGAGGUGUUGACAUUAUGGAAAAGUAUGUGAGAAUAGUGACACACUACAGGGUCUCCAUGUUUUCCUAUGUGAUACAGAUUGAGCUGGUUUGCCCUCUCCCAUGUCAUCUCUGUCUACCCUGUCAGCUCUUACAUGCAGGAGGCAGGGAAACCAGUGUGAAGCUCCAUCUCCUAGAAAUAUACUGGAGAGUCAGCACACACAGAUAGUACAGGCAGUGUGAUUCAGGAGGAUUAUAUAACUGCAGCUAAUACUAUAUACAGUCACCUACUAUAUAGCUGUCUCCCCUAUCUAAAGAACCAGGAGUACAUUAUACCUUCAAUAUAAUACAAGGAUAUGCAGAAGGAUGGGUCUGAGAGCUGCCAGAAGGAUUUUAUUGGUGAUGAUGAUGUCAUCUUGUAGUUCAAAGGAAGUCAGCCACAUGGAGGGAGCAAGUUCCUUUCUACACAUUAGUACAAGCUCUGGGCUGCAGAACCUAUGACCAGGUUCCCAUAAUAAAGAUUCAAAAUGUCUGGGUGUAACGGACGGAUGUAACUGCUAGAGUACCGGUGGUGAGUUAGCAAUAUAUGUCAAAUUAAAAAACCUGGAGUGCUUCUGUAAGCUUUGAAACUAGAAAGUCCCUCUGAAAGUAACAAAGCUGUUCAGUAUACGGGCCGGACUGACACACAGGGCAUUGAUGGAACAAAAACCGUUCAUUCCUGAUCACUGCCUGUUCACUGAGCCGCAGUAGAGCUGCAUUUACAUGCAGUAAUUGUAUUCUGUGUAUGAGGACUAAUGAUCAUUACUGCCACUGUUCAUCUCCAUACAGAUUCCCUGUUUGUCGUCAGCACAAGGUGAUGUGCUGCCAACAAAUAACGAUUUUCUAUGACGCGUGAAAGAUGCGUUAAUAACCGUUUGCCCAAUCACUGGGUGAUUGGCGGCACAUUUUCACUGGGCAGUUAUCCUGAACUAGCAUUUGUAACAGACUUUUAUCCCUGAUAAUUGUCCCGACCUUCAGUCUGUGUGAAAGGGUUUUUACAUACCGGAAUUAUUUACAGAGGAAUCUUCAUGCCGACCAGCCACUAAAUUCUUUAUGCCUAUAGCAUACCUGUUCCCAUAUCACAAAUUAUACAGUUUCCUCUAUAUGUCGUCAUGUGUGAACUUUACUACUCUUCAAAAAUUAUAUUAUAUUUUUUUUCCUUUUUAAAUGAUUGUAGCCAUUGUAAUUUUUAGGAGGUGGUUCUAUAUUCUGUAUUUGAGUAAAGACUUCUGUCUCUCGCUAACAACGAGCAUAUGGUAUGAGACGCUCUUCUGAUUUCCGUCUCUUUUCAGUCCAACUUUCCCCACACGCAGUAUCUGGUUAACCAAGCUUAGGCAGGAAUCACACAAGCAGUUUUUGAUGUGGUUUUCUUUUUAGCCAAAACUAGAAGUAUCUUUAAAGAGAAUAGGAAAUAUAACCGAAGGACAAAUAUAUUGUUCCCUUCCUGCUGGAACCACUUUAUCAAAAACUGCAUGUGUGUUUGUAGCCUCGGGGUACAGCCACACAUCAUGGGUGUUCCGACGCAGGUUGUUGCCGCGUUCUGCUGCAGAUUUUGCUGCACAAAUUGACAUGCUUUGGAUUUAAAAUCCGCAGGUCCACUUACACUGCAGAUUUCCUUUUCACAGUGGGUACAUGAGAUUUCUUAAAAUCUCAUCCACUUUGCUGAUACUGUAAAAUGCUGCGGUUUUACCGCACGCAAAUCAGCAAAGUAUUCGCAAUGGAUGGAUAUACCCUUAUGUUAACAUAGUGUCUAUGUUGAGGAUUUUGUACCGAAAUUCAAGUACAGUCAGCUGUAGAUUGUGGGCAUCUGCGGAUUUUCAAGACCACAGCGUAGUCUAUCCAUUGAAGAGUUUUUCUGCAGAUUAUACCCUUGCCAUGAAAACACUCUUCAUUUAGUCACCAAGGUGGACAUUUAUUAAGAGCGGUGAUUUAGACGCCAGUCUUAGUCACUGCUGGUGGAGGCGCACUUGGGAAAAGUGACAUGAGCGGCAAAAAGUCGCACAUUUUGCCGCAAAAAAACGAUCGGUGACAUUAAUACUCCAAAAAGUGGCGUAUAAGUUCUAAUAAAUUUCCCCCCAAGUCUUUAUGGUUAGCUUUACCUAUUAUUCCCAUUGAUUUGCAUGACCUGACGGCCCAUACAUUACUUUCUCCUUCAUCUCUCCCUGUACUAGUUAUACCAUGAAUGUGGGGGUAUAUAAAAUAAGGGCGGAGAUGUCAUGAAGUAGAGGCAUGGUCGUACAGGAAGGUAAGUCAGUGGACUUACCACAGGGCUUUGCCAUAGUCCGAGAGCAGAGAAGACAAUUAACAUGUGGUAUACCUAUACAUACAUGGAUAUAUUCACUACUAAUAGUACUUUGUAUCAAGGUUUGCUGAAUUUGUUGGUGUAAAGGUGUUUUUCAUUGUCAUUUCCUAAAUUUUGACAGCUAUUUAAAGGGUUUUGUUUAAAAUCUUCAUGGUGAUGGCCUAUGCCCAGGAUAGAUCAUUAAUAUGUGAUCGGUGGGGGUGCGACACUCGGGGACCCCUUCCAGUCUAGGCACUGUUCAGCCCCAUAGAAGGGAAUGGGCCUGGGCUGCAAUACCAAAUACGUCCACUAUACAAUGUACAGUGCUGUGAGGAGGCCGCAGCGCUUGUCGGUGUUCAGUAUUUUGUGAGGCAGUCCCCCAUGCUGGCAGCUGUAUGGAGGGUUUGGCAAGCACUUACCUGUACAGCUGUUUUGUGUGCAUUCGGAGUACAUGUUUGCAGAGUACCCACAAACCGCAGUACCUCCAUCCAGUCAUAGUCCACAAGAGUAUGCAGUAUGUCGGUCUGUCAUGGCGAUGCAUAGAGUAUAUUUUAUACAUUAGGAUUUUAAGGUGUAAUUCUCAUCAAAGGGUGUUAGUCUAGAUACUUGUAUAUUAAUUAUCUGCAUUUUCUUUACUUGGUAAGUGAAUUGACAGCAACAGUUUCAAGGGAAUACUAGUGGUUUUGCUGUAUCACAUGACGCCAUCCACUUUUAAGAUCGUAGGAAGGUGCUUUUUCUCCUUGCAGACGUCCAGCUGGUGUAGAGAGUCCUACAUGGAAAGAUAUAUGCAAAUAAGCGCUUCUCUGGAAGGAAGAAAAUGCUCUAGUGCUACCUCAUAGGUACCUACCAUGUAAGUCAAUACUGCAACCUGUAGGUCAGUAGCUGACCUGUUAAAGAGCCUUGAAGCAUGACUAUAUGGAUAUUAUCCAAACCAGAGAUAUCCAUUUGUAUCCAUAGUCAUGUUUCAAGGCUUUUUAAAGGGGUACUCUCACUUCAGCAAAUUGCAUUUAUUAUGUAUAAAGCCACUUACUUAUGUAUUGUUGUUACCCAUAUUUGUUCUAUUUUUUUUCCUGCAAUCCAUCAGUGUGGGCUUGCACACUAUAGGAAAAAGCACCAGCCUGUAUGAGCACCGGCGCUCCAGAGAGGCUGUCGCUUUUGCCUAGAUUGUGCAAGUACGGCCACUGCUGCAGGGUGGUCGUAGCCAAGGAAACAAGAAGUAUAUAUAAUAUGACAGAAAAAUGAAUCCAGCCAGCAAAGGAGGCAAUAUGGAGAAUCACAAUACAUUAGUAACGUCCUUGUAUUAAAGGGGUUCUGCACUUUGUUUUAACUGGAGAUCUAUCCUCUGGAUAAAUCA